AUGGAUUCUGCUAAUUCAGGUGAUCCAAGUAUAGAGAAUCCUGUCAUUCAUCAACCACUGAGCGUUGAUCAAGCACAACAAAAAUCUCCAAAUACACUAAUAGCUUAUCAAUCACUUUCUUCUUCAACAGCAUUGUGUCAAGCAUCACGACCGGUACCGAUCACAACAGUGGCCAUCAAUAGAAAAAAAAGACAACGUCGUGUUUAUGCGCUAAAGGUUACUCCAUAUGCAACAAGAAAGAGAGGUGCGGGACCAGAUAAAGCAACAAAAUAA